GCGUUAAAACGUUUGGAUUUUUUUUGUCACUUUUACUGUUUUUAAUUCCUACUUUAAUAUAAAAUCUGUUAUAGAGAGAGGGGUGUAGUUUGUUGGGGCUGUUUCUCACACGCGCUCUCUCUCGGAGCCGGCGACCAAGGCCUAUCGUUUUUCACCGGAGGUUCUCGCCGGCGGGACAUCGGAUAUCGGAUCUCCGACGAGCUGACGGGAAGGUUGUCAGGACCUCACGGAGACGAAGAUGAACGCAAUCGGGACGAUGAACAUUGCGGCGGCGAUUCCGGAGAGCGAGUACAUCAGGAGGCAUCACAGGCAUGAGCCUAAGGAGAACCAGUGCAGCUCGACGCUCGUCAAGCACAUCAAAGCUCCUGUUCAUCUCGUUUGGUCUCUUGUCCGGAGAUUCGAUCAGCCCCAGAAAUACAAGCCGUUUAUCAGUAGGUGUGUGGUGAAGGGAAACCUUGAAAUUGGUACUGUAAGAGAAGUUGAUGUGAAGUCUGGGCUACCGGCUACUAAAAGCACAGAGAGGUUGGAAUUGCUUGAUGAUAAUGAUCAUAUCCUCAGCAUCAGGAUUGUCGGUGGCGAUCACAGGCUCAAGAACUACUCUUCCAUCAUUUCGCUUCACCCAGAGACAAUAGACGGGAGACCAGUCAUUGGCAGAUGUCUCAGAAAGACUGGCGGUUCAGGACCGAACAGAACCGAUCGGCAAUGUCUGAGAGAUUACGGAGAAGGGAAACAGGCAGAACUCUCCUCCAGCGGGGUGAGUAUAUAUAAUCAUAUGGUGAAUGCCAUGGAUGAAGGGCUUUCCAAGGUGAGGGAGACGUCUCUCUUUGGGGAACAGACAUGGCAUUCAAUCACCACCACCAUAAAAUAGAGUUCCUCUUCUUUUCUCUUUUAUUAUUUUCUUUUGUUUUCUGCUUUCAUUUUUUGUCAAUUUAAAAAAAAUAAUGAUGUGUAAUGCCGUUUUCUAGAACCAAAAAACGAUUUUGGAGUU